AUGUCUGUUCUUUUCACAAAUAUUUCAGAGAAAAACCCCGUCAAGCCGGGUGAUGCGGAAGCCCUCCUCAAACCGCUCGGUCUGACCAUCGACCCAACCGAGUCGCAAGAUUUCCACACCCUUCUCGCAGCAGUCCACGACUGCGCCGAAAGCAUAGCCGCCUUGCCAGACUAUCAACCAGUCCCCAAUCAGAUCAAGUAUCCACGGGAGAAUGUGCGUCGACCAAGUGCAGAAGAACAGGUUUUCGGGCAAGCCUGGGCACAUCGAUUUCUCAUCCGGGGUAAUCCCGAAGGCGGGCCGCUGGCAGGUACAUCCGUCAGUUUGAAAGAUGUCAUUGCGGUUGCAGGCGUGCCACAGCUUCUGGGAAGCGAUAUCAUUCCUUCCUGGACACCGACUACGGACGCGACGGUUGUAACGCGGUUGCUCGAGGCGGGCGCUGAUAUCCAUGGCACAUCAACGUGUGAGAAUCUUUGCCACUCUACUUCGUCGUAUACCAGUGCUCAGGGUACGGUGGAGAAUCCACAUGCGAAGGGUUAUUCGGCGGGUGGGAGUACCUCUGGCGGUGCAGCGCUGGUCGCCGCUGGUAUAGUGGACAUUACGAUUGGAGGUGACCAAGGCGGCAGUAUACGCGUUCCCGCUUCGUUUUGUGGAUGCGUCGGGCUUAAACCAACCUAUGGGCGCGUUCCUUUCACUGGGUUUGCUAGCGGCGACGCUAUGGAUGACCAUGCUGGUCCGCUAGCCCGAACAACGCUUGAGAUUGCGAAUUGUCUAGAUGUUAUUAGUGGAUACGAUGGCAUCGAUGAUCGGGCUGUCGGUAGCUCGAAACCAGGCUCUACUAGAUUCGCAGCAAUUCAGCAGAGCCCAAACACACUUGACGGCUUCAAGGUCGGCAUUCUUGUUGAAGGAUUUGACCACAGCGCAGUAGACCCCCGUGUUAAGGGCGCAGUAUUGACUGCCGCCCAGAAAUUCAAAGAUCUGGGAGCAACAGUCGAGGAAGUAUCUCUUCCCGAGCAUCUGCAAGGGCCUGCACUCUGGACCAUUCAACAGCGAAUUGCUGGAGCGCAGACUCUUUUGGGCCAGAACACGGGCCGAAGAGGGCUUUACAUGUCUGAGAUGGAGCAUGCGAGACUUCCAUGGACCGAUGAUGGUUUCCAGAGGGCAUUCCCAUCCACAAAGAACGUUAUCAUUAACGGUCUCUAUCUAAUGCAACAAUUCCCUGGUCUCUACGGCAAGACUGCCAACCUUGGACGACUUCUCAGUGACAAGUACGAAGCGCUGUUUGAGAAGUAUGAUAUCCUGGUAAUGCCUACAACGCCGGUUGUUGCCCCUCGACAUGGAAAGCGAGAACUCCCGUUGGACUCCCUCAAGCCUAGUAUGGGUCUUACAAUCAACACAGCCAUCUUCAAUGUGACGGGUCACCCGGCAUUAACUAUACCCGUCGGCUUUGCUCCGGCAAAGGAAGAUAACCAGGUCAUGCUGCCAGUUGGGAUGCAGAUUGUUGGUGGAUUGUGGCAAGAAGAGAAGAUCCUGCGGGCUGGGCAUAUAUGGGAGACUCGUUUUGACUGGAAGAAGAUGCAGUACUGUGCAGAUAAGAACUAG